UCAUAUAAAAUAGUGAAAUGUCGUAACAUACCAAGCAAAUCAGACCAGAGAGUUAGAGAGAGGAAAGAGAGAAUGGGGCACGGAAGCUCCAAAUCAACUCACCAGCAAGACUCGUCUUCGUCUCGCGUUGCCCGAGUCUGGCGUAAAAUUCCCCAUAGCAGUCACCGCCAUGUCUCCUCUUCUCACAACAAACGCCUCGCCGCAGAGGACUUUGCCGGCAUCGCUCUUCUCACGCUCCAUGGGGCAGAGAUGAAGUUCAAGGACAAGUGGCUUGCUUGUGUUUCGGUGGGAGAACAAACGUUCCGUACAGAGACUUCUGAUCAGACAGACAAACCUGUUUGGAACUCUGAGAAGAAAUUUCUAAUGGAAAGAAAUGGGCCUCAUAUUGCAAGGAUAUCUAUAUUUGAGACCAACAGAUUAUCCAAGAGCAAUCUCGUUGGCCAUUGUGAGAUUGAUCUUUUUGAAUUUCUUACUCAGGAUUCAGAGUCUGAUUCUGAAGUACUUGAUCUGUUUGAUCCAUCUUCGUCUGGCAUAGCCGUUGGGAAAAUUACGGUUUCAUGUUCUGUUGAGGAUCCAACGGAAACUGAGAGAAGUUUUGUCAGAAGGAUCUUAUCUAUAGUGGACUAUAAUGAAGAUGGAAAGCUUUCAUCCUCUGAGUUCUCUGAAUUAAUUAAAGCGUUUGGAAAUCAAGUGGCAGCUGAGAAGAAAGAGGAGCUCUUUAAAGCGGCUGACAAGAACGAGGAUGGUGUUGUUAGCAUGGAUGAGUUGACUGUUCUUCUUGCUAUUCAACAAGAAAAGGAACCGCUUAUUAGUUGCUGCCCUGUUUGUGGCGAGGUUCUAGAUUCUGAUAAGCUGAACAAUAUGAUUCAUAUGAACCUAUGUUUUGACGAAGGGACUGGAAACCAGGUUAUGACUGGAGGGUUUUUGACUGAUAAACAGGCUUCAUAUGGAUGGAUGUUUAAACUGAGUGAGUGGGCCCAUUUUUCUUCCUAUGACAUUGGUUUGAACUCUGGAUCAAGUGCCUCACAUAUUCUGGUUUUUGACCGAAGGACAAAGAGGGUUGUUGAAGAAUUAAUUGAUGGAAAAAUUGUCCUAUCAAUGAGAGCCAUCUACCAAUCAAAAUUAGGGCUUGGCCUAAUGGAUGCAGGUGCAAAAGAACUUUUGCAAAGAAUUUCUGAAAAGCAGGGAAAGCAAAUGAAUUCAGUUGAAUCUGCUAAAGAUAUACCCAAGUUCCUUAAGUUCUUUGAGGAUCAAAUCAAGUUGGAUGAAGUCAAGUACCCUUUGGAACAUUUUAAGACAUUCAAUGAAUUUUUUAUAAGAGAGUUGAAACCUGGUGCUAGACCAAUUGCCUGCAUGGAACGUGAUGAUGUUGCUGUAUGUGCUGCAGAUAGUCGUCUAACGGCAUUUAAAUCUGUUGAAGAUUCUCUAAGAUUUUGGAUUAAGGGUCGGAAGUUUUCGAUUCAAGGUCUUUUGGGAAAAGAAAUAUGCUCUAGUUCUUUUAUUAAUGGAUCCUUGGUGAUAUUCCGUUUAGCACCACAGGAUUACCAUCGCUUUCAUUUUCCAGUUUCUGGAACCAUUGAGCGUUUUGUUGACAUACCCGGAUGCUUAUAUACAGUUAAUCCCAUUGCUGUGAAUAGCAAGUAUUGCAAUGUAUUCACAGAGAACAAGCGAGUCGUAUCUGUUAUUUCAACAUCAGAUUUUGGGAAGGUGGCAUUUGUUGCAAUCGGGGCAACGAUGGUUGGUAGCAUCACCUUCACUAAAAAGAAGGGCGACUAUGUGCAGAAAGGAGAAGAGUUCGGAUAUUUCUCAUUUGGUGGAAGUACUGUAAUUUGUGUCUUUGAAAAGGAUACUAUAGAGAUAGAUGAGGACCUUCUAGAGAACAGUACAAAAUCCCUGGAAACCCUAGUUGCAGUUGGAAUGAAGCUGGGUGUCUCCACAAAGAAACGAGCAGGUCCUGAGCUGCCAAACUUGGAAAGUUGUGUUAUAGGUGCUUGAAGGAAGCUCAUUUCUAUGGUGUGGCAUACCAUACGGUUUAGACUCUCUUAACAUUAGGUAACAACUUCAUGUGUACUUGUUUGGAGUUGAAAAAAUUGUGCCAAUGUUAAUGUGGAUUUAGUUUUCUACCAGUUCCAGAAGGACCAUUGUAAUCUCUUCUUUGAACUGAACUUAAUCACCAUGCAAUCCAGAUGUUUUAUGUGUAAUAUUUUGGAGGCCCUUAAUACGGUCCUUGAAAGGUACCUCUUCAAUAUGUACUAAAAAAUCACCACCAAUAUGAUGGUUUUGCGAGUACACCUUUAAAUUUCA